CUGACCUUUCUGAUCAAGAAGCUGCACAGAACAGUUACUUUCCCACAAAAGUAGUCCCUAUUUUUAUACUUGCAUUUUAUAUGCUUUUGAACUGCUAGGUUGGCAGAAGCUGGGACUCAGUCUUAGCCACUAAGCCACGCUCUGUUGUAUAGCAAUGAUCUAAAGUAGUCUUGCCCCUCGUGUGAUAAUUGACAUGCUGAAAAUAUUUUGGUAGCUCUUUCCUUAAGUUACAUUGGUUAAAAUAACCUAAAAUAAUUGGAAGAGAAUCUGGGUAUUUAAUUUCAGCCCACAUAAUCUGGUCAGCUAGAGUUCAUAAUGCAUUAUUUACACAAGCUUGUGGGGGAACAUACACAGCAAUUAAGAGAAAUGAGGAAAACUCACAUGGGGAAUAGAAUGGUUUGCAAUUGAUAAUUAAUGUCUCUAAGUCCACAUCACAGAAUUUCUUUAGUAUAGUUAUAUCUUGGGACCAGUGACUGUUAAUAUAUAAACAUAAGCCUCCUCCUUUCUUUUUACCAGAUGUUUUUGCUCUGUCUGCUCUUUGUAACUGAAAUCCUGGGAUAUCCAGGCUGCUAUCAUCAAUUGAUUCAUUUAGCCAGGUUUCUAUGAAGGAGAGAGAGCUGCUGUGUUGUAAACAUCAGACUUGCAUCUGUUUAAAAGACGUAUUUCAUCCAUCAUUUUAGCGAGUGAAUGUAAAUUAGUCAGAAAUAGUGAAGGGAGAGGAGUUUUUAUCCCACUUUUCCGCUUUUACCGCUUCUUCGCCUCUGGCAUCUCCUAUAUUUCUUUGUGUUUAUCCAUUGUUCAGAGGAAGUCCCUUCUUCCUGUGCUAGAAGCUUCUGCAUUUGUAAAGAUAUGGGGGGGGCAGUGUGAAGUCACAGAAAGCUGCCCAACAAAGUUUGUUUGAUGCAUAGUAGUUGGUCUCUUGAGUAUGAAAUCCAUCGUGGGAGUGGGAAGUCCUGGGAGGCUUAUCUUUGCAUGGUGGCAUUGGCAACAGAUGGAGGCAGAGGUGUGGGGAUGAAGGCAUGCCAUCCUGAUGAGCUUUGUGGGCUACAGGCAAGCAGAGUGUGGGUGGGACAGAGUGGGCAGGUGGCCAUGGGACACUUCACACCUCUCGGCUUGCCUGUGGUCCACACAGCAUCAGGAUACCCUGUCUUCCUACAACCAUGCCUCUACCUCUGUCUGCUCCCAGUGCCACCACGUGAAGACGAGCCUCCUGUGGCCAACUGCCUGAUCCAGCAGACCAACUUGGCUUUCCCACAGCCUGCGCAGUGCAUCCAGAUCACCUGCCAUCCCGACCCGCGCCUCUGUCUGCAUCUGCAGCCAGUGCCUUUGUGUGAAAAUGAGCAAUCCAAUUGAGUUGUUAUUGGAAAACCUCUUAGGGAGUGAAAAGCUGGAGUAUCCUUUUUCUUCAUCUUCAAGGUUUUUGGCUCCAGCAAGCACCAUCGCUUUGGAAAGCAAUGGUAUUCAAUAAAAUACUUUACCAAAUCAUAGCUUGAAUAUAGUUAUCCACAUUGCUCAGUUUCAGCAUAACUAUAAUUAGUUGCUAUAAGCGCAAGCAUCUGGUUAGCCACCAGGGCAGAAAUGGCUGCAGUUCAGGCACUUUCCUGAGAUGCGAUUUAGCAUUUGUUCACUGAACAAAUCUUGGGUGAAAGGCCAAUUUUCUUACUUUGGCAAUGAAAUCUCAGGUUAUGAUCAAAUUAGGAGGAAUGUUGUACACCAAUGUUUCUCAACCUUGGCGACUUUAAGUCCUGUGGACUUCAACUCUCAGAAUCCCCCACCCAAAUACUCUGCCACCACAUGACUUCGGCCGACUUUUGAGCGGCGACAAAGAAUAGCGCAUGCGCAGAAGUCCUUUGCCAGGCCCGGAUGUUGAACGGAGGAGAGGAGCGGCGGUCGUUGCCAUAUGAGACGCUCUAGUCAAGAGCAAUAAAGGACGAGGGAUCAUAGUCUUGUGCCUCUCUAGGAAGCAAUCAUAUCUCACCGAGUCUGUGGAAAGCCUGGCGAGCGCGGGAGAUUUUGGCGGGACCGAGUUGCAGUUGCUUUUCGCCUCAGAAGCCCUGAGGGAGCGGAGACCCCGCCCUUUCCCUCCACCCCGCGGUGCGAGUGGGCGUGGGAGGAUCCGCCGUGAGUUAAGGCGGCGGCCUCGGAGGGAGUUUUACACCGUCGGGGCUGCGCUGAAGCCGGAGACCGAAUGGAGGCUGGGUGGUCUCUUCAGGCGGGGAGCGGCGGGGGAAGCGGCGACCCAAGCAGCCUCCCCGAGGGGCCGCGGGCGCUUUGCAGCCGCCUGCACCGACUGUGCCGGGGGUGGCUGCGGCCCGAGCGGAGCAGCAAAGCCGAGAUGCUGGACCUGGUGGUGCUGGAGCAGCUGCUGGCCCUGCUGCCCCCGGAGCUGGCGGGCUGGCUGAGGGAGUGCGGGGCGGAGAACUGCGCCCAGGCGGUGGCCCUGGCCGAAGGUUGCCUCCUCGGCCCCGCAGCCGCCCCGGAUCCCGGAAAGGGGUGGCAGUUGCAGGAGCCAUUUGUGGGUGAGAUCUCAGCAGAGUUUCAGGGAAGAGGGGAUCCAUCCAGUCUUUCUAAAGAGGUUGUUUUCUCAAGGAUCCAAGUAGGAACAACUUGUCAGGACUCUGAUCCUUUUGAGGAUGUGGCUGUGGACUUUACAGAAGAAGAGUGGGCACUGCUGGAUUCUGACCAGAAGGCUUUGUGCAGGGAAGUCAUGCUGGAGCUUUUCAGGAAUAUGGCUGCUCUGUCAGGUGAUGGCCUGGUGAAUGAGAAAGAAAAACAGCCGAGGUUACUGACAUUGCAAAGAGCAGUGUCUACAAAGGAUCAUUCCUUCUCUUUUACUUUAUCUAAAAUACUGAAUAGAAAAUACAAACCACAUACUUUUACAAAAUAUGAGAGGGAUUUCCGUCUAAGCAAAAAAAUGAAACUAUGCAUGCAGUGUGGGAAGAGCUUCAGUACCAAAAGUAAUCAUAGCCAUUGGAGGAUCCACACAAGUGAGAGGCCAUAUAAAUGUCCAGAAUAUGGAAAAAGCUUUUGUCAGAAAGCAGAUGUUAUUUGUCAUAAAAAAAUCCAUAUAGGAGAGAGACCAUAUAAAUGCAUGGAGUAUGGAAAGAAGUGUAUUGACAAUUGUCACCUUACUUUACAUCAAAGGAUCCACAUAGUGGAAAAAUUGUAUAAAUGCAUGGAGUGUGGAAAAAGCUUUCAUUGGAACUCCGAACUUAUUCGUCAUAAGCAGAUCCACACUGGUGAGAGACCAUAUAAAUGCAUAGAGUGUGGAAAACACUUUACUCAGAAAAGACAUCUUAUUGUUCAUGAAAGGAUCCACACCGGGGAGAGACCAUACAACUGCAUGGACUGUGCAAAACAGUUUACACAGAAAGGUCAUCUCAUAUAUCAUAAAAGAAUCCAUACAGGGGAGAAACCAUAUAAAUGCACAGUGUGUGGAAAAACCUUUGCUCAAAGAGCACAACUUAAUGCUCAUAAAAGGAUCCACAUAGGAGAGAGAUUAUUUAAAUGCUUGGAGUGUGGAAAAAGCUUUAAUUGGAGCAGAGGUCUAAUUCUUCAUGAAAGAACCCACACUGGGGAGAAACCAUAUAAAUGCAGUGUGUGUGGAAAAAGUUUUGCUCAAACAGCAUAUCUUAAUGCUCAUAAAAGGAUCCACACAGGGAAGAAACCAUAUAAAUGCCUGGAAUGUGGAAAGAGCUUUUUUGACAGUGGUGACCUUAAUCGACAUCAGAUGAUCCAUAUAGCAGACAAACCAUAUAAAUGCAUGGAGUGUGGAAAGAGCUUUAUUGACAAGUGGCGCCUUACUAUCCAUCAAAGAAUUCACACAGGGGAAAGACCGUAUAAAUGCAUGGAGUGUGGAAAAAGCUUUUGUCGGAAUGCAGAAUUUAUUUAUCAUAAGAGGAUCCACACUGGGGAGAGACCAUAUAAAUGCAUGGAGUGUGGAAAAAGCUUUGCUUGGAAAGGACAUCUUAAUACUCAUAAAAGGAUCCACACAGGGGAGAGACCAUAUAAAUGCUUAGAGUGUGGAAAGACUUUUGUUCGGAAAGGAUGUCUUACUGGUCAUGAAAGAAUUCACACAGGAGAGAAACCAUAUAAAUGCACAGAGUGUGGAAAGAUGUUUGCUAGGUCAGGACAUCUUUAUUCUCAUAAAAGGACCCACACAGGGGAAAGACCAUAUAAAUGCUUGGAGUGUGGAAAAAGCUUUAACUGGAACAGAGAUCUUAUUCGUCAUGAAAGAAUCCAUACUGGGGAGAGACCAUACAGGUGCAUGGAGUGCGGAAAGCAAUUUACUCAGAAAAGUGGUCUUAUUAAUCAUGAGAGAAUCCAUACAGGGGAGAAACCAUAUAAAUGCACAGAGUGUGGAAAAGGCUUUACUCAAAGAGGACCACUUAAUUCUCAUAAAAGGAUUCAUAAAAGGGGAAGAAACCAUAUCAAUGUGUGCAGUGUGUAGAAAACUUUAACAUGACAUUUACUCAUGAAAGAAUGCACAGGAAAAUCCAUAGUGCCUGGAAUGUGGAAAUAAUUUUACUGGGAAAGAACAUCUUACUCAUCAUUAAAGGAUCUCUGCAAGGAGAAAGCCUUCUAAAUGGACAAAGUGUAACUGAGUAGUAGAAACCCAUACCUGACUCAAUGUUAGAGGAUCCACACAGGAGAAAUCAUGUAAAUGCAGGCAGUGUGUAAAUAGCUUUACUCUGGAAGGACACCAUAAUUCUCAUAAAAGAAUGUCCAUAGAAGAACCCAUAGAAAUACAUGGAAGGUGCUUCAGAGCAACUUUUUUGGUCCCAAAUACUGGAAUUCAUUCAGAACAGCGAGGUGUUCCUUUUCCUAGUUUAACCUGCAUUUUUCUUCUCCCUGUUGAAAGAGGGAUGCAAAAUAGGAAUUAAGCCCUUCAGUUUCCUCCCUGUUGCCCAUUACCAUCUUACUAUCUUUUCCAAUUGGAGGACUAAUGGCUUCCUUGACUUCUCUCUUAAUUUACCUAAAGUCUCUAUAUCAGGUGUCAAGCCUGCUACCUAGAUGCCUCAUGUGCUGGCCCUGCUCCUGCUCAGUUUAGCAAAGGGGAAAGUCCUGAUUCCUCAUCCCUGCUCUAUAUGAAACAGAAAUGGAAUACAUAUAUCAAAUUGAGAAAACAGUUCAAUCUGCAGUUGUUUUAAUUUGCAAAACACAUGCUCAUUUUCUUUUCAUUCCUUUUAAGGUUUAGCUAAAGAAAUCUUGCCAUUUCUCUUUGUUAGAGGAGUGAGUUCAGCCUCAGAAAGGCACCAUGUUUUUGAGCAGUUACCAAAGCAAUUAUUUCUCACCACUUGAACCUCCCUACACAUUUUGUGGAGGAAACUCAUUUUAUAGUCUUGGAACCUUAUUAAGAAACUUACUAAUAAAGGGGUCCCCCCUUUUUUUCCAGUAAGGUCAAAGAAUUUGAAAGAAUACAAUAAAUUUUCUAAAAAAAAAAUGGUGACAGUUCACAAAGAUUACUAGGGACCAAUAGAAAAUACACAUUUCCAUAGCAAGGGAAAUUAAACAGGAAUGGUUAAAUUAUUUUAUUCAAAGUUCUUAUUUGGAUAUCACUUCUGGAAUUUGUGCUGGUGAAGAGAAAAUAUGAAAAUUUGACCUUGGUUUUGUUGAUUAGGAAGUUUUGUUAUAGGAAUGGCUCGUUAUAUAUUAAUGUGUAAAAGCAAGUUGAGCUUGGGAUGUGUUGAUCCUGUGCUGUGCUAAGAAGAAUUGGAAAUCAAUGCCUCCUUUUUUUCUUUCAUUUUCUCCUUGUAUAUCACACCCCACUUUCCCCCACUCCCUCCCCCCCCUUAAUUUCCAAUUUCCUUCUUUGUAUUUUAUAUAAUAAAAAUGGUGGGAGGACUUUUAUUAGUUGUAAUUUCCAUGCAGUCUCUUUCCAUGUAUUCUUUUUUCACUGUUAAGCUAUUUAAAUUUAGUAGCUGGAGCAAUGGGGUU